AGCACUGCCCCUUUUGAGCAGGUAGGGGCGGAAAGCCCUGAAAAAAGAAACUCUUCACUCAAGGCAAACACCAUGCUUUUGGCACUACUACUAAUAAUUUCCUGCAGUUUUCUACACUGCACAGGGCUUGAAGGGAGUUAUAUAUCCCAUCAAUUUCUCUACAGGCAGAAGGAGCUUCUGAAAAGAGGCAGCAGGGGCAAUGACUGGCUCAGAUUAAAUGACGACAGUGAAGAGUCCAGAAGCGCAGAAGAUGAUGGUAUGCUGCGUUCAGACAAGGGCUCAUGUUCUACUUGGGGUGCAGGGCAUUUCUCCACCUUUGAUAAUUAUUUGUAUGACUUCUCUGGGUCCUGCAACUACAUCUUCACCACCGUGUGCAAUGAUGUUAGCCCGGACUUCAACAUCCAGUUCCGCCGCGGGGUGAACAAAAAAAUUACAAGAAUCAUCAUAGAGUUGGGACCUGUCGUCAUCAUAGUUGAAAAGAACAUCAUUGUGCUCAAGGGUGUUGGUAUCAUCAAGUUGCCAUAUACCAGCAAUGGAAUCCAAAUUGCUCCUUUUGGACGCACUGUCCGCCUGGUGACCAAGCUGAUGGAGAUGGAGCUGGAAGUUGUCUGGAACAAUGAUGACUAUCUCAUGGUUAUGGUUGAGAGAAAAUAUAUGAGGAAAACUUGUGGAAUGUGUGGGAAUUUUGAUGGACAGGAACUAAAUGAGUUUCUGAGUGAAGGUAAAUUGCUGGAUGCUUACCAAUUUGCCACUUUACAAAAAAUGGAUGACCCGUCAGAGAUCUGCCCAUCUGAGGAGAUGGCAAUUCCCAAUAUUCCUCGCAAAAAAUAUGCUAGGAUCUGCUCCCAGCUGCUCAACCUUGUGUCUCCGGCUUGCAACGUGUCCAAGAAAGCAUUUGUCAUCCAUUGUCAGCUUGAUAUGCAGGACUGUAGUGAUCCAGGGCAAAGAAACUGUACUUGUGCUACACUGUCAGAGUACUCUAGGCAAUGUGCCAUGUCCAAUCAAGUAGUGUCUGAUUGGAGGAGUGCAGACUUCUGCUCUGUAGGAAAAUGUUCAGCUGACCAAAUCUACAAGGAGUGUGGUUCUCCAUGUGUUAAAACCUGUUCCAACCCAGAGUACAGCUGUUCCAGUUACUGUACAUAUGGUUGCUUCUGCCCAGAAGGCACUGUUCUUGAUGACAUCUCAAAAAAUCGAACAUGUGUUCCCAUUGACCAGUGCCCAUGUACACUGAAUGGGGAGAGAUAUGAUCCUGGCGUUACCAUGAAAGCAACAUGCAGGACCUGUAAAUGUACAAUGGGCCAGUGGAAUUGCAAUGAACUACCCUGCCCAGGAAGAUGUUCCCUGGAGGGAGGCUCUUUUGUCACCACGUUUGAUUCCAGGUCAUACAGGUUUCAUGGAGUCUGCACAUAUAUCCUCAUGAAGAGUCCCAGCCUUCCGUACAAUGGAACCCUGAUGGCUGUGUAUGAUAAGUCUGGUUACUCUCAUUCUGAAACAUCAUUAACUGCUAUAAUUUACCUUUCUGCAAAGGACAAAAUUGUGAUUUCUCAAAAUGAACUUCUCACAGAUGAUGAACUCAGGUGGCUGCCUUAUAGAUCAGGUGACAUCACCAUUUUCAGACAGUCCUCCACCCACAUUCAAAUGUAUACCACCUUUGGGCUGGAGCUAAUAAUUCAAACUUGGCCAGUGUUUCACGUCUAUAUAAAAGUUGGACUUCUCUUCAAAGGCAGAACCCUAGGGUUGUGUGGCAAUUACAAUGGAGACACUACAGACGAUUUCAUGACCAGCAUGGAUAUUAUUGAAGGCACAGCAGCCCUGUUUGUGGACUCCUGGAGAUCAGGGAACUGCCACUCUGCUGCAGAGAGGGACACAGACCCUUGCUCUAUGAGUCAACUGAACAAAAUGUCUGCAGAGACCCAUUGCUCCAUUCUUACUAAGAAGGGCACAGUGUUUGAGAAAUGCCAUUCUGUGGUGAAUCCUGCUCCUUUUUACAAGAGAUGCAUCUACCAAGCCUGUAACUAUGAGGAGACUUUUCCUUAUAUUUGUUCUGCCCUGGGAUCUUAUGCAAGAGUGUGUGCUUCAAUGGGGCUGAUCCUUGUAAACUGGAGGGACACUGUAGACAACUGCACCAUUCCCUGUACUGGCAAUCAGACAUUCAGUUACCACACUGAAGCCUGUGAUAGGACGUGCCUGUCACUUUCCGACCAAACCCUGGAAUGUUAUCCUACUGACAUCCCUAUUGAUGGCUGCAACUGUCCUAAAGGUACCUACUUGAACCACAGAAGUGAAUGUGUGCGUAAAUCCAUGUGUCCCUGCUACCUGGAAGAUAAGAGGUUCAUACUACCUGACCAGUCGACUAUAAUUGGUGGCAUUACCUGCUAUUGUGUUAAUGGAAAGAUGAGUUGCACUGGUAAACCUCAAGAUCCUUCAGAAAACUGCAAGCCUCCCAGAAAAUAUGUGUCAUGUUCACAGAACUCAGAGAACAAAUAUGGAGCCUCCUGUUCCCCUACCUGUCAGAUGCUGGCCACUGGAAUUGAAUGUGUACCCACUAGGUGUGAAUCAGGCUGUGUCUGCACUGAUGGGCUAUAUGAGAAUCUAGAUGGAAUGUGUGUACCACCUGAUGAGUGUCCCUGUGAAUAUGGUGGCAUCUCUUAUAAAAAAGGGGAAGAAAUCCACACCGAAUGCAAAACCUGCACCUGUACAAGAGGCAAAUGGAAAUGUGUUCAGAAAUCUAAAUGCUCCUCAACAUGUACCCUCUAUGGAGAAGGACAUGUCACCACUUUUGAUGGACAGCGCUUUGUGUUUGAUGGCAACUGCGAAUACAUACUAGCUACGGAUGGUUGUGGUAUGAACAGCUCUCACUCCACCUUUAAAAUUGUGACUGAGAAUGUCAUCUGUGGGAAAUCAGGAGUCACCUGUUCCAGGUCCAUCAAGAUCCACCUUGGGAAUAUGACACUUAUACUGGCAGAGGAAACCUACUUUGUAUAUGGGGACAAUCCUCUGACACAAUUCCAUGUGAAAAAGAAUGCCCUUCACCUGAUGUUCGAUAUCAUUAUCCCAGGAAAAUACAACAUGACUCUUAUCUGGAACAAGCACAUGAAUAUUUUCAUCAAGAUCUUCAGAGAAGCACAGGAUCACCUCUGCGGUUUGUGUGGGAAUUACAAUGGGAACAUGAGAGAUGACUUUGAAACUCGAAGCAAAUACGUGGCAGCAAAUGAACUGGAGUUUGUAAAUUCUUGGAAGGAAAACCCUAUGUGCGGGGAUGUGUUCUUUGUAGUUGAUCCCUGUAGCAAGAACCCUUAUCGUAAAGCUUGGGCAGAGAGGAAGUGUUCCAUCAUCAACAGCCAGGUCUUUGCUCCAUGUCACAGUAAGGUAUACCGCAUGCCUUAUUAUGAUGCCUGUGUCCGAGACUCCUGUGGGUGUGACUCUGGAGGAGACUGUGAAUGCAUGUGUGAUGCCAUUGCAGUAUAUGCCAAGGCAUGCUUAGAUGUAGGUGUCUGCAUUGACUGGAGAGCCCCAGAGUUCUGUCCCGUCUAUUGUGACUACUUCAACACACACCGAAAGUCAGGCAGUGAGGGCACCUACAGCUACAAUUAUUGGGAUGAACAAAAUUGCACCUGGCAUUACCGACCUUGUAAUUGCCCACAGCAAAGCUACAAAUAUGUCAACAUUGAAGGCUGUUACAACUGCUCACACAAUGAAUACUUUGAUCACGAGGAGGGACAGUGCAAGCCCUGCAUAGGACCUGAGCCCAUUAGGACGACCCCUGAAACCUCUACACCUUCAACAGUUACAACAACAGUACAAACUAAAACACCAAGAAGCACUACUACAGUUGAAACACCAACUACUACCGUACCACCAACAGCCACUACAUCUACAGAGUCCACCAUGCACACUAUUUUAAGCACUGCACCAACCACCCUAUCUACUACAAAAGUAACCAUAAAAACACCUAUCACAAUCAAAUCCACUACUCACUCCAUACCAGUAACCACCAUUACGAAAAAGACAACACUGUCAACUACCCCAAUCAUAACAGUAACUGAGAUUACUUCACCAAUAACCACCACCAAAACAACCAAAUCACCAACCUCAGAAACGCCAAUCACCCCUACAGUCACAGUCGUCUCAACAACUGCAAAGAAACUAACAACUCCACGUAUGACAACAACCAUUACAACACCAAGUAUUACAAAGACAUCACCAACUACUUCAUCACCGCCUACUACAUACACUACGUCAACGAAAACCAGAAAAACUGUCACUCCAACUGCGCACACGACUGAAACUCUAAUAACGAUAUCUCUACCCACAAGCUCAACAGAGAGCACCGCAUCAGAGUCCACCACCCCAAGCACCGCAAAAACAACUACCCUGACGACAGUUUCUCCAACUACUAAGUCAACUAAGUCCACAACGGGAUCAACACCAACAGUAACUAAGACCGCAGAAACCCCAACAACAAGAAGUACCAGGAAAACAACACCAACCACAUCUGUCUCUACAACAUCCAAAACCACUGCGUCAACAGAAUCCAGCCCAACCUCCUCAGCCAAAACAAGUCGAAGAAGCACAACUCUGACAAUGACUACAUCUUCCACCAAGUCUACUGAAACCAGUACAACCGCCAUACCAGCUACACCCACAACUCUCACUCUCACCACGACUACCUUGUCCACUAGCUCACCAGAGAGCACAACAUCAAAGUCAACCCCUACCAUUUCCACUCCCUUUACCACGCCCACCACAACCAUCACACCAACUCCACUCACAACCGUCACUCUGACAACGACGGCCCUGACCAGUACUUCUCCGGAGACCACCGCAUCUGAGUCCACCACCCCGAGCACCGCAAAAACAACUAUGCUGACGACAGUUUCUCCAACUACUAAGUCAACUAAGUCCACAACGGGAUCAACACCAACAGUAACUAAGACCGCAGAAACCCCAACAACAAGAAGUACCAGUAAAACAACACCAACCACAUCUGUCUCUACAACAUCCAAAACCACUUCGUCAACAGAAACCAGCCCAACCUCCUCAGCCAAAACAAGUCGAAGAAGCACAACUCUGACAAUGACUACAUCUUCCACCAAGUCUACUGAAACCAGUACAACCGCCAUACCAGCUACACCCACAACCCUCACUCUCAGCACGACUACCUUGUCCACUAGCUCACCAGAGAGCACAACAUCAAAGUCAACCCCUACCACUUCCACUCCCUUUACCACGCCCACCACAACCAUCACACCAACUCCACUCACAACCGUCACUCUGACGACGACGGCCCCGACCAGUACUUCUCCGGAGACCACCGCAUCUGAGUCCACCACCCCGAGCACCGCAAAAACAACUACGCUGACGACAGUUUCUCCAACUACUAAGUCAACUAAGUCCACAACGGGAUCAACACCAACAGGAAAAGAGCCAACUAAACCUACUACUCCAUCCUCACCUGUAACAAAGACCGCAGAAACCCCAACAACAAGAAGUACCAGUAAAACAACACCAACCACAUCUGUCUCUACAACAUCCAAAACCACUUCGUCAACAGAAUCCAGCCCAACUUCCUCAGCCAAAACAAGUCGAAGAAGCACAACUCUGACAAUGACUACAUCUUCCACCAAGUCUACUGAAACCAGUACAACCGCCAUACCAGCUACACCCACAACCCUCACUCUCACCUCGACUACCUUGUCCACUAGCUCACCAGAGAGCACAACAUCAAAAUCAACCCCUACCAUUUCCACUCCCUUUAGCACGCCCACCACAACCAUCACACCAACUCCACUCACAACCGUCACUCUGACGACGACGGCCCCGACCAGUACUUCUCCGGAGACCACCGCAUCUGAGUCCACCACCUCAAGCACCGCAAAAACAUCUACGUUGACGACAGUUUCUCCAACUACUAAGUCAACUAAGUCCACAACGGGAUCAACACCAACAGUAACUAAGACCGCAGAAACCCCAACAACGAGAAGUACCAGGAAAACAACACCAACCACAUCUGUCUCUACAACAUCCAAAACCACUGCGUCAACAGAAUCCAGCCCAACCUCCUCAGCCAAAACAAGUCGAAGAAGCACAACUCUGACAAUGACUACAUCUUCCACCAAGUCUACUGAAACCAGUACAACCGCCAUACCAGCUACACCCACAACCCUCACUCUCACCACGACUACCUUGUCCACUAGCUCACCAGAGAGCACAACAUCAAAGUCAACCCCUACCAUUUCCACUCCCUUUACCACGCCCACCACAACCAUCACACCAACUCCACUCACAACCAUCACUCUGACUACGACGGCCCCGACCAGUACUUCUCCGGAGACCACCGCAUCUGAGUCCACCACCUCAAGCACCGCAAAAACAUCUACGUUGAUGACAGUUUCUCCAACUACUAAGUCAACUAAGUCCACAACGGGAUCAACACCAACAGUAACUAAGACCACAGAAACCCCAACAACGAGAAGUACCAGGAAAACAACACCAACCACAUCUGUCUCUACAACAUCAAAAACCACUGCGUCAACAGAAUCCAGCCCAACCUCCUCACCAAAAACCGCUCGAAUAAGAACUGUGACAACGACCAUGCCUUCCGCCAAGUCUACUGAAACCAGUACAACCGCCAUACCAGCUACACCCACAACCCUCACUCUCACCACGACUACCUUGUCCACUAGCUCACCAGAGAGCACAACAUCAAAGUCAACCCCUACCAUUUCCACUCCCUUUAGCACGCCCACCACAACCAUCACACCAACUCCACUCACAACCGUCACUCUGACGACGACAGCCCCGACCAGUACUUCUCCGGAGACCACCGCAUCUGAGUCCACCACCCCGAGCACUGCAAAAACAACUACGCUGACGACAGUUUCUCCAACUACUAAGUCAACUAAGUCCACAACGGGAUCAACACCAACAGUAACUAAGACCGCAGAAACCCCAACAACGAGAAGUACCAGGAAAACAACACCAACCACAUCUGUCUCUACAACAUCCAAAACCACUGCGUCAACAGAAUCCAGCCCAACCUCCUCAGCCAAAACAAGUCGAAGAAGCACAACUCUGACAAUGACUACAUCUUCCACCAAGUCUACUGAAACCAGUACAACCGCCAUACCAGCUACACCCACAACCCUCACUCUCACCACGACUACCUUGUCCACUAGCUCACCAGAGAGCACAACAUCAAAGUCAAUCCCUACCAUUUCCACUCCCUUUACCACGCCCACCACAACCAUCACACCAACUCCACUCACAACCGUCACUCUGACGACGACGGCCCCGACCAGUACUUCUCCGGAGACCACCGCAUCUGAGUCCACCACCCCGAGCACCGCAAAAACAACUACGCUGACGACAGUUUCUCCAACUACUAAGUCAACUAAGUUCACAACCGGAUCAACACCAACAGGAAAAGAGCCAACUAAACCUACUACUCCAUCCUCACCUGUAACUAAGACCGCAGAAACCCCAACAACGAGAAGUACCAGGAAAACAACACCAACCACAUCUGUCUCUACAACAUCCAAAACCACUUCGUCAACAGAAUCCAGCCCAACCUCCUCAGCCAAAACAAGUCGAAGAAGCACAACUCUGACAAUGACUACAUCUUCCACCAAGUCUACUGAAACCAGUACAACCGCCAUACCAGCUACACCCACAACCCUCACUCUCACCACGACUACCUUGUCCACUAGCUCACCAGAGAGCACAACAUCAAAGUCAACCCCUACCAUUUCCACUCCCUUUAGCACGCCCACCACAACCAUCACACCAACUCCACUCACAACCGUCACUCUGACGACGACAGCCCCGACCAGUACUUCUCCGGAGACCACCGCAUCUGAGUCCACCACCCCGAGCACUGCAAAAACAACUACGCUGACGACAGUUUCUCCAACUACUAAGUCAACUAAGUCCACAACGGGAUCAACACCAACAGUAACUAAGACCGCAGAAACCCCAACAACGAGAAGUACCAGGAAAACAACACCAACCACAUCUGUCUCUACAACAUCCAAAACCACUGCGUCAACAGAAUCCAGCCCAACCUCCUCAGCCAAAACAAGUCGAAGAAGCACAACUCUGACAAUGACUACAUCUUCCACCAAGUCUACUGAAACCAGUACAACCGCCAUACCAGCUACACCCACAACCCUCACUCUCACCACGACUACCUUGUCCACUAGCUCACCAGAGAGCACAACAUCAAAGUCAACCCCUACCAUUUCCACUCCCUUUACCACGCCCACCACAACCAUCACACCAACUCCACUCACAACCGUCACUCUGACGACGACGGCCCCGACCAGUACUUCUCCGGAGACCACCGCAUCUGAGUCCACCACCUCAAGGACCGCAAAAACAUCUACGCUGACGACAGUUUCUCCAACUACUAAGUCAACUAAGUCCACAACGGGAUCAACACCAACAGUAACUAAGACCGCAGAAACCCCAACAACGAGAAGUACCAGGAAAACAACACCAACCACAUCUGUCUCUACAACAUCCAAAACCACUGCGUCAACAGAAUCCAGCCCAACCUCCUCAGCCAAAACAAGUCGAAGAAGCACAACUCUGACAAUGACUACAUCUUCCACCAAGUCUACUGAAACCAGUACAACCGCCAUACCAGCUACACCCACAACCCUCACUCUCACCACGACUACCUUGUCCACUAGCUCACCAGAGAGCACAACAUCAAAGUCAACCCCUACCAUUUCCACUCCCUUUACCACGCCCACCACAACCAUCACACCAACUCCACUCACAACCGUCACUCUGACGACGACGGCCCCGACCAGUACUUCUCCGGAGACCACCGCAUCUGAGUCCACCACCUCAAGGACCGCAAAAACAUCUACGCUGACGACAGUUUCUCCAACUACUAAGUCAACUAAGUCCACAACGGGAUCAACACCAACAGUAACUAAGACCGCAGAAACCCCAACAACAAGAAGUACCAGUAAAACAACACCAACCACAUCUGUCUCUACAACAUCCAAAACCACUUCGUCAACAGAAUCCAGCCCAACCUCCUCACCAAAAACCGCUCGAAUAAGAACUAUGACAACGACCAUGCCUUCUGCCAAGUCUACUGAAACCAGUACAACCUCCAUACCAGCUACACCCACAACCCUCACUCUCACCACGACUACCUUGUCCACUAGCUCAACAGAGAGCACAACAUCAAAGUCAACCCCUACCAUUUCCACUCCCUUUAGCACGCCCACCACAACCAUCACACCAACUCCACUCACAACCGUCACUCUGACGACGACAGCCCCGACCAGUACUUCUCCGGAGACCACCGCAUCUGAGUCCACCACCCCGAGCACUGCAAAAACAACUACGCUGACGACAGUUUCUCCAACUACUAAGUCAACUAAGUCCACAACGGGAUCAACACCAACAGUAACUAAGACCGCAGAAACCCCAACAACAAGAAGUACCAGGAAAACAACACCAACCACAUCUGUCUCUACAACAUCCAAAACCACUGCGUCAACAGAAUCCAGCCCAACCUCCUCAGCCAAAACAAGUCGAAGAAGCACAACUCUGACAAUGACUACAUCUUCCACCAAGUCUACUGAAACCAGUACAACCGCCAUACCAGCUACACCCACAACCCUCACUCUCACCACGACUACCUUGUCCACUAGCUCACCAGAGAGCACAACAUCAAAGUCAACCCCUACCAUUUCCACUCCCUUUACCACGCCCACCACAACCAUCACACCAACUCCACUCACAACCGUCACUCUGACGACGACGGCCCCGACCAGUACUUCUCCGGAGACCACCGCAUCUGAGUCCACCACCUCAAGGAGCGCAAAAACAUCUACGCUGACGACAGUUUCUCCAACUACUAAGUCAACUAAGUCCACAACGGGAUCAACACCAACAGUAACUAAGACCGCAGAAACCCCAACAACAAGAAGUACCAGUAAAACAACACCAACCACAUCUGUCUCUACAACAUCCAAAACCACUUCGUCAACAGAAUCCAGCCCAACCUCCUCACCAAAAACCGCUCGAAUAAGAACUAUGACAACGACCAUGCCUUCUGCCAAGUCUACUGAAACCAGUACAACCUCCAUACCAGCUACACCCACAACCCUCACUCUCACCACGACUACCUUGUCCACUAGCUCAACAGAGAGCACAACAUCAAAGUCAACCCCUACCAUUUCCACUCCCUUUAGCACGCCCACCACAACCAUCACACCAACUCCACUCACAACCGUCACUCUGACGACGACAGCCCCGACCAGUACUUCUCCGGAGACCACCGCAUCUGAGUCCACCACCCCGAGCACUGCAAAAACAACUACGCUGACGACAGUUUCUCCAACUACUAAGUCAACUAAGUCCACAACAGGAUCAACACCAACAGUAACUAAGACCGCAGAAACCCCAACAACGAGAAGUACCAGGAAAACAACACCAACCACAUCUGUCUCUACAACAUCCAAAACCACUGCGUCAACAGAAUCCAGCCCAACCUCCUCAGCCAAAACAAGUCGAAGAAGCACAACUCUGACAAUGACUACAUCUUCCACCAAAUCUCCUGAAACCAGUACAACCGCCAUACCAGCUACACCCACAACCCUCACUCUCACCACGACUACCUUGUCCACUAGCUCACCAGAGAGCACAACAUCAAAGUCAACCCCUACCAUUUCCACUCCCUUUACCACGCCCACCACAACCAUCACACCAACUCCACUCACAACCGUCACUCUGACGACGAUGGCCCCAACCAGUACUUCUCCGGAGACCACCGCAUCUGAGUCCACCACCCCGAGCACCGCAAAAACAACUACGCUGACGACAGUUUCUCCAACUACUAAGUCAACUAAGUCCACAACCGGAUCAACACCAACAGGAAAAGAGCCAACUAAACCUACUACUCCAUCCUCACCUGUAACUAAGACCGCAGAAACCCCAACAACGAGAAGUACCAGGAAAACAACACCAACCACAUCUGUCUCUACAACAUCCAAAACCACUGCGUCAACAGAAUCCAGCCCAACCUCCUCAGCCAAAACAAGUCGAAGAAGCACAACUCUGACAAUGACUACAUCUUCCACCAAGUCUACUGAAACCAGUACAACCGCCAUACCAGCUACACCCACAACCCUCACUCUCACCACGACUACCUUGUCCACUAGCUCACCAGAGAGCACAACAUCAAAGUCAACCCCUACCAUUUCCACUCCCUUUACCACGCCCACCACAACCAUCACACCAACUCCACUCACAACCGUCACUCUGACGACGACGGCCCCGACCAGUACUUCUCCGGAGACCACCGCAUCUGAGUCCACCACCUCAAGCACCGCAAAAACAUCUAUGCUGACGACAGUUUCUCCAACUACUAAGUCAACUAAGUCCACAACGGGAUCAACACCAACAGUAACUAAGACCGCAGAAACCCCAACAACGAGAAGUACCAGUAAAACAACACCAACCACAUCUGUCUCUACAACAUCCAAAACCACUGCGUCAACAGAAUCCAGCCCAACCUCCUCAGCCAAAACAAGUCGAAGAAGCACAACUCUGACAAUGACUACAUCUUCCACCAAGUCUUCUGAAACCAGUACAACCGCCAUACCAGCUAAACCCACAACCCUCACUCUCACCACGACUACCUUUUCCACUAGCUCACCAGAGAGCACAACAUCAAAGUCAACCCCUACCAUUUCCACUCCCUUUACCACACCCACCACAACCAUCACACCAACUCCACUCACAACCGUCACUCUGACGACGACGGCCCCGACCAGUACUUCUCCGGAGACCACCGCAUCUGAGUCCACCACCUCAAGCACCGCAAAAACAACUACGCUGACGACAGUUUCUCCAACUACUAAGUCAACUAAGUCCACAACGGGAUCAACACCAACAGUAACUAAGACCGCAGAAACCCCAACAACGAGAAGUACCAGGAAAUCAACACCAACCACAUCUGUCUCUACAACAUCCAAAACCACUGCGUCAACAGAAUCCAGCCCAACCUCCUCAGCCAAAACAAGUCGAAGAAGCACAACUCUGACAAUGACUACAUCUUCCACCAAAUCUCCUGAAACCAGUACAACCGCCAUACCAGCUACACCCACAACCCUCACUCUCAGCAUGACUACCUUGUCCACUAGCUCACCAGAGAGCACAACAUCAAAGUCAACCCCUACCAUUUCCACUCCCUUUACCACACCCACCACAACCAUCACACCAACUCCACUCACAACCAUCACUCUGAGGACGACGGCCCCGACCAGUACUUCUCCGGAGACCACCGCAUCUGAGUCCACCACCCCGAGCACCGCAAAAACAACUACGCUGACAACAAUUUCUCCAACUACUAAGUCAACUAAGUCCACAACGGGAUCAACACCAACAGGAAAAGAGCCAACUAAACCUACUACUCCAUCCUCACCUGUAACUAAGACCGCAGAAACCCCAACAACGAGAAGUACCAGGAAAACAACACCAACCACAUCUGUCUCUACAACAUCCAAAACCACUUCGUCAACAGAAUCCAGCCCAACCUCCUCAGCCAAAACAAGUCGAAGAAGCACAACUCUGACAAUGACUACAUCUUCCACCAAGUCUACUGAAACCAGUACAACCGCCAUACCAGCUACACCCACAACCCUCACUCUCACCAUGACUACCUUGUCCACUAGCUCACCAGAGAGCACAACAUCAAAGUCAACCCCUACCAUUUCCACUCCCUUUACCACGCCCACCACAACCAUCACACCAACUCCACUCACAACUGUCACUCUGACGACGACGGCCCCGACCAGUACUUCUCCGGAGACCACCGCAUCUGAGUCCACCACCCCGAGCACCACAAAAACAACUAUGCUGAAGACAGUUUCUCCAACUACUAAGUCAACUAAGUCCACAACGGGAUCAACACCAACAGUAACUAAGACCGCAGAAACCCCAACAACGAGAAGUACCAGGAAAACAACACCAACCACAUCUGUCUCUACACCAAAAACAAUUCUAAGAAGCACCUCAUCACCAAAAACUGCUCCAAUAAGAAUUAUGACAACGACUAUGCCUUCCACCAAUUCUACAGAAAGCAGGACAACCGCCACACCAACUACACCCACAACCCUCACUUUCACCACAACUACCUUGUCCACUAUCUCACCAGAGAGCACAACAUCAAAGUCAACCCCUACCAUUUCCACUCCCUUUACCACGCCCACCACAACCAUCACACCAACUACACUCACAACCGUCACUCUGACGACGACGGCCCUGACCAGUACUUCUCCGGAGACCACAGCAUCUGAGUCCACCACCCCAAGCACUGUAAAAACAACUACACUGACGACAGUUUCUCCAACUACUAAGUCAACAAAGUCAACACCAACAGUAACAAAGGCCGUACGAACCACACCACCACAAAGAACAACCCCCAGAAGUACGACGAAAACCUCACCAACCACAUCAGUCUCCACAACAACCAAAACCACUGCAUCAACAGAGUCCACUUCAACCUCCAUACCAAAAACUAGGCUGAUAACCACAACUCUGACAACGACUACUUCUUCCACUACGUCUACUCAGUCCAGCACAACCGCCACACCAACUACACCCACAACCGUCACCUUGACAACAACUACCUUGACCACUAGUUCAGCGAAGAGCACCACCUCAGAGUCCACCUCCACCCAAACCACUACUUCUACCACCACAAAAACCACAAUGCUGACAUCCCCUACCCUUUCCAUUACCUCUACCAAGUCCAGCAUAACCACCACACCAACUACACCCACGACCGUCACUCUGACGAUGGCCCCAACCAGUACUUCAACAAAGAGCACCAUAUCAGAGUCCACUAGCCGAAGCACCGCAAAAACAUCUAUGCUGACGACAGUUUCUCCAACUACUAAGUCAACUAAGUCCACAACGGGAUCAACACCAACAGUAACAAAGACUAUAAAAAGCACACCACCACAAAGAAUUACUCCCAUCAGUACGACGAAAACAACACCAAUAACAUCUGUCUCUACAACAUCCAAAACUACUAUUUCUACAGAGUCUACUCCAACCUCCUCACCAAAAACUAGGCUGAUAACCACAACUCUGACAACGACAUCUACUACAUCUACGGUGUCCAGCACAACCGCCACACCAACUAUACCCACAACCGUCACUCUGACGACAACUACCUUGACCACUAGUUCAACGGAGACCACUAUGUCAAAGUCCACCUCCCCGCAUACCAUUACCUCUACCACCACAAAAACCACAUCACUGACAACCCCUACACCUUCCAUUACCUCUACCACAUCCAGCACAACCACCAUCCCAACUACACUCACAUCUGUCACUCUGACGACAAUGGUCCCUACAGCUAGGUCAACAUCAGAGUCCAUCACCCCAAGCACCAUAAAAGCCACAACACUGACAGGAAUUUCUUCUACUACUAUUUCAACUAAAUCCACAAUGAGGACAACACCAACACCAACAGUAAUGAAGUCAACUAGAAAAACCACAACUUCCAGUUCUUCUAUUAAAUCCACUACAAGCACUUCACCAACAACUACUCCAAUCUCUACCUCAACAGAAUUUUCAACAUUGGAAUCCACCACUCUGCCUAAUGCCACUACCUCAAUCACCAAAAAACCGACAUCAAAAAUGACUACGCCCACAUCUACGGCUUCAACACUCACUAUGAUAACAUCCACUACUCCGAAAACCACAACCAUCAAAAUCACAACUUUUUCAACUACCCCAACUAGUUCAUCAACUGAGACAGCCACAGUCAAAUCAACUACAUACAUAACACCAACCACAACAAAAACCACAGCUCUAUUCAAUGAAACAACUACAGCUUCUACUGCAUUUACUACAAGCUUUCACUCCUCUGGCACACUGUCUACUUUACUAUCUACAACACCUUCAAAAGAACGUUGUAGAGAGAUUGAAUAUGAGGAGCAAGUGACUUACAAAGGAUGUACUACAAAUGUCACCUUGACCCGCUGUGAAGGAAUGUGUCCAUCUUCAGCAAAGCUAAAUAUCGCAAAGAUGAUGGUAGAUGUGGAAUGUGGCUGUUGUAUGCCAGUCACACUGCAUAAAAAGGAACUGAAAAUGCCUUGCCCAGACCCAGAUCACCCUGGAAAGAGGCUCGUUAUGGAGAUAAUCAUAUUUGGUGGCUGCGUAUGUAACUACGAUGGCUGCACACACUAGCUGGGCUUUUCAAACUAUCAAAACAGAAUUUUUUUUUAAAUGAAAUUACACGGUAACAAUUUACAACAUUUCAAACAAUGACUGUUCAUUACUAUGACCUCUCUUAUGUCUACUUCUGCUGAUUACGUGGGCCAGCUUUGUAGGGAGACAACACGGGCAGUUAUCUAGAAUGCAGAUAACUAUAGUAUUAAAAUGAUGUGAAUAAUUUAUUUCUAAAUUGUGGGGGAGUAAGGGAGGAUCCAGGAGUGUCUGGCUUGCUCAAGACACUAUUUAACCAAAUGCUGAAGGCUGGCCUGGCUGAUUAUGUACUAUAUAAUACUAAUGGGGAUUUUGCGCUUUCAAAUACAAUGUGAUGAACUGCUAAUUCUUUACAUCUGUGUUCAAGUGAUGAUUGGGUUAGAAUGUGCUUUCUACUGUAAACAGCUGCAGUGUUUCUGUAAAUUCAUAAAAUGAUCUGUUAAUCCAUAGAAUGCUAGCCAGUGGCUAAGUGGAUGACAUCUGAAAAGAGUAACUAGGAGAGGAGAGAAGAAGUUAGCCUAGGGGCUUGCCAGGAAGUGAGAGAAUGGUAUGAUAUCCGGGAGGGAGGCCAUCACACUUAUUUGUGAGUGGUGAGGGUUUCCUGAGGGUGUUAGAGAUGAAGGGAACAUACCUGCCAACACAUGAGUACUAUAAAGAGAGACAAAUAGGCAGGAAAAAAUACAAACAACCUUUAAAAAUGCCACGGAACCAGCAGACUGGGGGAACUUUUUGGAUGAGCAGCAGCUGAAAAAUAAAUAUUCUGCUAAAAAUAGGGAGAGCUGGCAAACAUGGGAUGCUCUUUAGUGAGGGGAUUGCAGGAAAGUCCACCAUGCUUACUGGGUCUUGAGGCAGAGUCAGCAGCUGGAUGUUGGAGGGGUUUGUAGGCAAGUUAUACAGCAAGAUGUAAGGCAGGGCUUUCUGCAGAAAGGAGAGGCUGGGUUAAAGUGUUUCUCUGGGGAGUGUGAGAGGGUUCAGUAGCUGGGUCUCAGAGCACCUAUGAGGGAUAUUAUGGGAAGAUUUAACAGUUGGAAACGUGUGAGGAAUCACUUGUCAGGCAGGUGGAGAUUUCUGUAGUUUGCCUGGAAGUUGCAGGACAGUUUGGCAGCCUGGACAAUUGGAGUCAGGUUGAAGCAUUUUUGCAGGAGGCACCUGUUAACAGAAUGUUUGUCCAUAGUUGCUCAGUGCCCUUUAUCGAGAAGUGUGCUCUCAUUUGCACUUUUAUGGGUUAGAAAUGCAUUUCUUUUUUAAAUGUAUGUUUAAUAAAUUGCAAAUAAAAAGCUAG